AUGAGUGAAGAAGCUGAGUCUGCUGUAUCAUUGCGACGAGGCUCCCGGGUAAAGCGUCCUACGACACGUUAUUCUGUGGAGCCUCCUGAACGUCCGACGCGCGAAUCUACGCGCAAACGUACACAUCGUGAGCCAGAGUCGUCCCGUGCUAAGCGUGCACGAUCAUCGAGUGCCACAGAUGAAGUAGUGAAUGAGGACGAUGCGCAGGCUAGUGGAAGUGAUGAAGAUGAAGAUGAUGAUGAUGCCGUUUACUGUCUAUGUCGUAAAGGCAAUGAUGGCUCGCCUAUGAUCUGCUGUAGUCUUUGUGGCGAAUGGUACCACUUCAAGUGUGUGGGCCUGAAUCAGCGAUCUGCUUCCAAAAUUCGAGAAUACGUAUGCGAAAGCUGUUCCAAGCAGGGCAACAAGUCUACCGAGAAGCACAAGGAUGACGAUGCGGAGUACGAACAAGAAGCAGACGAGGAAGACGAGGAGGAAGUCAAUCCCGACGAGGAGGACGACAACGACGAAGACGCUGAACCAGAAUCUGCCUCUGAAGAGGAGGAGCCAGCCAAGCGUUCCUCACGGACCCAUACGCGCCGCACCACGGCCCCCACCACGUCAUUCACGUCGUCGCCAUCAUCAGCGUCCAAGCUCAAAGACCCUGUGCGCAAGCAUGUAUACUCCACGUUCCUCUCCAUAUUUCAACCUCUCUUUGAGGCCCAAGGCCAAGCAUCUUCCUCGGCGGAGAAAUAUGCCUCCGAUUUGGAAGAUGCCCUUUUUUCUGCGUUGGGCCAUGAGCGUAGUCUCAGUGCCUACAAAGAGCGCUUCCGAGCUCUUUCGUUCAACCUUAAAGAUCGACGGAAUACCUCUCUGCAUGACCGCAUUACGUGCGGGCGUCUUCCUGCCGCAGAUAUUGUGCACAUGUCCAACGAGGCCUUGGCGAACGAUGAAAUUCGUGAAGCUACCGAAAGAGCCAAGCGCGAUGCACUACAGCAGUCUGUGUUGCGCGAGCAGAAUGAAGGUCCUGCACGGAAAAUGACACACAAGGGAGAAGUGGACAUUGAACGUGAUACGGAGCCCGUGCCGUUUAACCCGCAUCAUAGUCGAUCAGCGCCGCCCCCCUUGGACGAAGCUGAUGAAGAGAAGCAGGGGUCCGAAGAAGUGCCGGUGCCUUCUUCCCCCACGUUCUCCCCCUCGCGGAAUGCUUCCGGUUUAACGGAGGCAUUGCCUUCGCCCUCGCCACCGCCUGAACCGAUUUCGUUUUCGGGUGUUUGGCAUUCGCAUCCAGAAGGAUCACACAUGGAUGUGGAAGAUACGAUCGAUAACGAACAGGCGAAAGAGCUUGGCAUAGACACGCAUGGCGAAGCUGAUGAGUUUAUUGAUUCGUUCCUGGGAGAUGAUAAGCCAUCAGGAACGACGUCUGUCCCUGAGAGUCAUACACCUCCAGGCACGCCCCCUCCUGACUCGUUUGUCGUCCGUGCUGCCGCGUCAGCAAGUGCGCCCACUGUAUCGGCUUCCACCUCUUUUGCUCAGCCUGUAGUAUGGGAUGGUGUCAUUACCAUGCCAGAGUACACAUCGGCCUAUGUUCAUGCACGUCAAUUGACGUUGCCCUACUACGAUGCGGCGGCCCCUUUAUGGCAAGAUAUCUUCCCCACGCCCGAGCGCGUGGUAGAAGGACGACUUCCAAGUGCCACAGCGAUUGAGUAUUUGGAUCAAGUGCGUGUAUCUCCUCGGAAUGAAAUUGUUUUGCUGUGUCUCGACGCUGGAGGCGCUGUAGCAGCCAGUGAACGGCAUCAUGAUACCACACCCACAUUGCAUACCUCGCCAGCGCUGGACAAACUUGUACACUAUUUUGCGGACAAAAAACGCUUCGGUGUGUUGGCCCCGGCGCCUGGUGCGCAAGGAUCGCUUGUGAAGGACUUUUACUUGGCGCCACUACUGGCAAAUGAGCCUGUGCCGGAAUGGCUUACAUCUAUUCAUCCAGAGGGGCUUGGCGAAGCCUGGAAUACGACACGCCCUGCCAAUAUUUUGCUAGUGGUACUUGUCUUGUUCAAGGCCGGCAUGGCUGGCCGUCUUGAGGCCAUGCCUGCUACGCCUGCUGUGCCUGCAAUGUCUCCCCCGCCAGGACCGCCUGUCUCAUUGGAUUCACUACUUAACGUGAAACCGGAUGCUAUUCAAAAUUUGUUAUCUACGUUAAAUGGCGGCGGUGCAUCUCCCGGUGCUGGUCUUGCUGGCUUCUCAGCCCCACCGCGGCCACCAGGUCCGCCAGGACCUCCACCGAUGCCACCGAUGCCCCCUGUGAAUAUGACUAUUACGCCAGGCACGGCGUCCAAUGUGCCUAUAGCGCGACCCAUGCGGCCUUGGGGCGGUGUAACACCGCCAGGCCCUCUACAAGGCUACGGCGCGCCGAUGCCGCCUCCCUUUGGCGGCCCUCGGCCGUACGAGGCGCCGCAUCCUUUCCCUGUCGGUCCUGGUGGCUGGUACGGUGGAAAUCCGGAGCGAUCCUCCGAGCGGUCGCGUCGGAAGGGCAGCGGAGGAGGCCGCCGCCGUAGGUAG